CAAAGAAUUAAACUAGUGUAGUUCUGGGGCAAGAUACAAAUGAUAUGCACAAUGCAACUUUGAAAGCUAGACUCACACGCUACGUGAAGCUGGCUGUUUUGAAAACUUAUGAUCAUGCGAGAAGAUGCAAUAAGCGAUAACAAGAUGCGAUAAGCAAUAACAAGAUAACAAAACAUGAAUGAGCAGCUUCAAGCUUGAAACCAACACAGGUUCCACUGUGACCAUGCCAAAACAAGAGACGAGGAAAGAAAAAACCGCUCAGGGUUGUGUUUCACGCAUCCUGAAAAAUUGAGAAACAAAAAUCACUCGGGAUCGUGUUUCACACGUCUCGAGAAACUGAAGAACGAAAAUCCCUCGGGAUCGUGUUUCACACAUCCCAAGAAACAGAAAGAUCACUUGGGCUCACGCUUCGCGCGUCCAGAGAGAUAAGAGAACCCGCUCGGGCUCAUGCUUCGUGUGUCCCGAGAUGAAAGAAAAUCGAUCAGGCUCGCGCUUCACGUGUCCCGAGAUACAACACGCCCAGGGCUGCGCGUCACAUGUCUUGAGAUAUAAGAAAAAUCCCUCGGGCUUGCGCUUCGCAAGUUCCGAGAUCAAACACGCCUAGGGCACGCGUUACGCGAGCUAAGAUACAAGAAAAAUCGCUCGGGCUCGCGCUUCACACGUCCUCAGAUAAGAGAAAACCGCUCAGGCUUGCGUUUCACGAGUCCCGAGAUAAAACACGCCCAAGGCCGUGCGUCACAUGCCCUGAGAUACAAGAAAAAUUGCUCGGGCUCGUGCUUUGCACGUCCCGAGAUGAAACACAAAAGAGGGGUGUGCGAUAGAUGCACAAAGGUAAACAAAUGCGAUAGAUGCACAAAGUGAAUGUGUGCGAUAGAUGCACAAACGUGAACGUGUGCGAUAUAUGUACAAAUGAAUGAGAUCAUAAAUCAAAAUAGUGAGAGCGCAUCACAUUCUAUGCAAAAAGCAAAAACAUACUCUACGCGAAAUAUAAAUGAUGCGAGAUAUGCAUGCAAUAUGUGAUGCACAUUCUAUGCAACGGAAAAGAACAAAAGUCUAAAUAGAGUAAACUCGGUGGCACCUUCGAGUUACCUCUUGGAGGGAUUGCAAUAUGUUCAAAAGGAUACACCUCGUUCAUGUUGACAAAUGAUGAACAUCGUGCGCCAAAACACAAUUUUGAGUUUCUUUUGAAACAAUCUGAACCCAACAAUGAACCUUCCUUGCACUUUUUGGGAAACAAAGACAAAAAACAACAUUAGGACUCAUAGGAAGGCCACCGGCCACCUGCCAGCCACAAGGGGAGGAUGCUGGCCAUCUGCCGGCUAUCAAAGAGUGUUACCGGCCACCAAUGUCGCUUGCCAGCCACCUGCCGCAGUUUGGGGAUUUUUUGGUCUUUUCACCCUCGAGUCUUUAAGUGCACAUCAUGACUCCUCAUUUCCUCACUUCUCUAGGUUCAAAAUUCUUCCCUUUCUCUCUCUCUAGACACUUCUUCUCUUCAGAUCCGAGCUUUUUACGUGUUUUCCAACUCUCCACACAAACUUUAUACGCUAAACCCUCUUGAUUCUCUUCACUUUGAACCGAUUAGAUUUUUGUUUCGACACUUUUUUCCUCAUUUUCACCCUUCUAGGCUUGUUCCCCUCGAGUUUCUCUCAGGUUUCGUGAACUUUUCCGAGAUUUGACUUUUUCUUCCAUUUUCUCUCUCCUAGGGUUAACUUUUUUCUAAGUUUACCCUUUUUCCUCUAUUUUUUUUUUCAUUUUUCACCUACUUUUUACCUAUUUUCCAAAUGGCGGAUGAUUCACGACAUGACGGGGCUCCUCUUGAGGUUCUUCUCGUUUUUCCACCUGUUGUUGAAGCGGAGGAGCCGAUCGCUGCCGAGGCUAGCAAGGCAGCUCAAGGUAUUGAGGCCAACCUCGAGGCGGAGUUUGAGCCUAAGCUCGAGCCAGAGCCGUUACCAUUGAGGGUACGGCCUUUUGAUUCAACAAGGUAUCAUCUCCACACACAUAUCUUGCCACCCGAACAAAUCAGGCACUUUAACGACUUUGCUUACGGUGUACCAGAGGACCUCUUGUUGAGGGAGCCGGCUUCUCACCUUUCAUCCAUCGCCAUUGAGGGAGAGUCUCAUGCCUUUAGAGGGUACGGAGCUACGACUGCGCGAGAUUUGUACGAUGAGCUCCUUGCUGGAGUUUGUGACAUUAUGGAUGAGACUAGCUUCAGCUUCUUCUGUUUCGGCCAGACACGGGUCAUCGCGAGUCGUCCUCUUCUAGGAGCACUUGUGGAGCAGUGGUGCGACACCACCAACUCCUUCCACUUCUCCACUACCGGGGAGAAGCCGAUGACUUUCUACGACUUUUCCAUGCUCACUGGCUUAGGAGUAGGGGGUGAUCUGAUCCCUUUCGACACAAACAUGGGAGAGUAGGAGCCCGCCUGGAUUGAGUUGCUAGGAGCAUGCCCACCUUUGUACCGGACAGCUAUGGUCAGAUAUAGCUAGUUUGCUGAGCAUUUCAGAGGGAGCGAGCUAGAGACAUUAGAGGAGAUAGAGCAGUACGCCAGAGGCUUUUUGAUGUUUGUCCUCGGUACCACCUUGUUUUUGAAUAGGUGGAACACCGUGGGCUUAUGUCUGUUGAGCGCCCUGGUGACCCUUUCCCGGGUUUGCUUCUAAUGAUUGGGGCGGAGCUGGCGUCGCCACUUUGUACAGCUACAUGAGCUCUACCUCCUGCCUGAGGGGAGAGUUGAUUGGAGGCU